CGGGGUCCGCGCUCCGCCGCGGUGCACGGCCCGGAGCUGCUGCGCCGUUCCCGGUGGUCCUGGUGAUCUGGCCCCCGGCGACCCGAUCGGCCCGACUCGCGACUCCAGGUGCUUCGCGCUGAGAUCCGGGGCCCUGGCGGCGCGGGCUGCAAGAUGGAAGAUGGCGGGGACUCAGGAGGUCUGAUUAAGGUGAUCCAUGUACUGGUCUUGUCAGGUGCCUGGGGCAUGCAAAUGUGGGUGACCUUCGCCUCAGGCUUCCUGCUCUUCCGAAACCUUCCUCGACAUACCUUCGGCCUCGUGCAAAGCAAGCUCUUCCCUUUCUAUUUUUACAUCUCCAUGGGCUGUGCCUUCACCAAUCUUUGCAUCUUGGCUCCUCAACGUGCCUGGAUUCAGCUUACAUUCUGGGAGGCCAGCCAGCUCGGCCUGCUACUCCUGAGCCUCACGCUGGCCACUGUCAAUGCCCGCUGGCUGGAGCCCCACACCACGACCACCAUGUGGGCCCUGCAGGCCAUGGAAAAGGAGCGGGGCCUGGGCGGGGAGGUACCCGGCAGCCACCAGGGCCCCGACCCCUACCGCCAGCUGCGAGAGAAGGACCCCAAGUACAGUGCCCUCCGCAAGAAAUUCUUCCACUAUCACGGCCUGUCUACUCUCUGCAACCUGGGCUGCCUGGUGAGCAACGGGCUGUGCCUGGCCGGCCUGGCCCUGGGCCUCAGGAGCCUGUAGCAUGGGCCCUGUGUGUAAAUAAAUGCUUCUUUCAAAAUGA